GAAUCUAUGGGACUCCAUUUUAUAUUGAUCACUAGUUCGUCUGCCGCCAUCUUGCGAAGAGCGCGGCUAGCAACUGCAGUGCCGAAGUAGCAUGUCACACAUACAGAAGUGAAGCCGUUUAAAUAAUAUCAGGGAAAUAAGUUGAUAUAUUUCCUAUAGUAAAGAGCAAAGCCACACUGGUCUAUUUGUUGUAACCAUCGCAGGAAUCUAACCCCGAAUUUGUGCGUUAUAACACCGUAAAGGUACCGCUGUCCCACCGAGGAACAAUAAUAUACAAAAGAAGAAGGUUCAGAGACUUGAAUCCAAAAUGGCGCCAUUAACCACAUUAGACGAAUUGCUUUACCGGUUAAGGAAGUCUGGACCUCCUGAAUCCAAAGCUGCGGCACUGCCAGCACCUCAGGUUUCAACCAUGGCUACCGGAUCAGGCGUAGCAAGUCCAAUACCAGAAGUAGACACUAGUGCUCCUGGAAAUGCGACUACUAUUGCUCCUGAAGAAAAUAUUGGAGAGAAAAUAUUGCAUGAAAUUAUGGAAAAAACGCACUUAUCAGCUUACGUAAUCAUUCUAAUUGCGAUCGGAAUAUGUCUACUGUUUCUGUGUAUCUGCUGCUGUUGUCUCAAAAGGUGGUGUAAACGUCGCCGAAAAGAGGGAAAAAAGGGAAUCAAGGGUGCUAUUGACUUGAAAGGAGUACAAUUGUUAGGCAGUUCUUACAAAGAAAAGGUUCAACCAGACAUGGAGGAUCUGCAGGAUAACAUGGAGGCGAAUGAAGGAGAUGAAGAGAGUGCCAAGUCUGAAAUCAAACUAGGUCGUCUUCAGUACAAGCUGGACUAUGACUUCAAUAACAGCAACUUGGCGGUGACGGUGAUACAAGCCGAGGAUCUUCCAGGCAUGGAUAUGUCAGGUACUUCUGAUCCCUAUGUCAAAGUGUACUUGCUACCAGAAAAGAAGAAGAAGUACGAAACCAAGGUUCAUAGGAAGACGCUCAACCCAGUUUUCAACGAAACCUUCAACUUUAAGGUUGCUUUCUCAGAAUACGCAGCCAAAACUUUGGUGUUCGCAAUUUUUGACUUUGAUCGAUUUUCCAAACACGACCAGAUUGGUGAAGUCAAAGUACCUCUUAGUACUGUGGAUUUAGCGCAAACUAUUGAGGAAUGGCGUGACCUAACAAGCGUCGAAGGAGAACAAGGCCAGGAUAACAAGUUAGGGGACAUAUGUUUUUCACUACGCUACGUUCCAACAGCUGGAAAAUUGACAGUUGUUAUUCUAGAAGCUAAGAACCUGAAGAAGAUGGACGUUGGUGGAUUAUCAGAUCCAUACGUUAAGAUCGCAAUCAUGAUGAACGGCAAAAGAAUCAAAAAGAAAAAGACUAGCAUCAAGAAGUGUACACUUAAUCCCUAUUUUAACGAAUCCUUUAGUUUCGAAAUUCCUUUCGAACAGAUACAGAAGGUAAAUUUGGUCGUUACCGUGGUGGAUUACGAUCGAAUCGGAACAUCCGAACCUAUCGGAAAGGUGUUGCUUGGAUGUAACGCCACAGGGACAGAAUUACGGCACUGGAUGGAUAUGUUAGCGUCCCCUCGUCGACCCAUCGCCCAAUGGCAUUCUCUGAAAGAUCCACUUGAUGGAGCGGACAAUUAACACAUUCAGAUUACGUUUAAAUAUUCCUAGAAAAGGAGAGUACCAGAACCUUCCUUGGAAGUUUGCUGAGAAAAUUUUUCAGAGUUUUCACGUAAAUGCUCUAUAUCUGUAAAAACGGGGUCUCUUUACUCUCUUACUAUUACCUAUUUCGAUUUCUUUAUUCCCUAAUUGUAUAGGAAGUUUGAUAGAAAAGCAUGCAAUGAUUGGCUGAUUGAUUCGCAACGGUUGUACACUUGAAAGUAGUAGUCGUUUUCUCACUCUUAGUAAGACUUUCCCGUUGAUAACGUAUACGAAUCAGGCAAUAACUAGAUUUCACACUUUGUGAAAAGUGUACAAAUUCUUUUGAAUAUAGUAUGUAAAGAAAAUAGCUCAUUUAGAUUUAACUGAAAUUUUAAUUGCAUGUUAAUCAAUUGUUGAGUUGAUUAAAACAUUGAGUUUUCAUUUUAACGCCGAGUGUUUAUCGUACAUUUUAGGUUAUGCAUUAUACAAAGUAAAAAAAGUUAGGUGCAAUCAAAAUAUACUAGGUGCAACUUUUCUUCCAUCACGACACUCAAUUAGUUAGUAAUUUUCGAUCUAAGCAGUUCGUUAUAAUGAACGCUACACAACUAAAGUCCUUAAUGUCAGAAAUACUCAAAAAGUAGCUUUCUGAGAUACUGAGCUAGGAACAAAAACGGGGUAAAAAUUAGUAAUCUGUAUAGUUCCUAUAAACAGCUUUUAUCGAACAAGCGUACCUUCUAAUGACCGUUGGAUGGCGCUCAAACUGGAGGAUUCCUUAAUUAAACUUUUAACUGUUAAAAUAUUUCGAAAAAAUAAUAAUUUAAAUGCCGGUGAUAUUACAAGCACUACUGGUCCUCUUGCAUUACAUUUUAUUGUAAAAAUACAACCACAAUGAACACUUACAAGUACAACAGUAAACGAAAAUUUCUUGGCAAAUCUAAUUUUUGCUAAAAUACAUAGAUACAUAUAAACAGCCGUAUUAGCAUUAUCUAACAAAUAAAAAGUAACAUUUCAAAGUUAAAACCUUGAGGGCACAUCAGCCAUAAAUGCAUAUCAGUUUUAAUACUGUCCUUAUGAUAUCUGGAAGAAGUAAAAAAAAAAUGAAGCUUGAUUGCAUGAGGAUAGCUUUAAACGUGAAUUGUAUGUUUCGAUAAUUUUUCUAAUAUCUUAAUACGGAAAUACCGAAUUUAUGCUGUUGGUAUGUGAUUGUUGAAACACAAAGUAUUAGUUGUAAAGAUUACUUUUCUGGAAUAAAUUAUAGAUACUUAAUGUUUUAAAUAUAUAUUGCUAACUCUGCCCUCUAUACACUUGUAAUAAUAAGGUUUAAUGUUACAUAGAUAGCAAAAUAUAAAAUAAUAAAAGAUUAUUACUAAAUACUCGUAUACAUAUAAAAAAAGAGGAUUGUAUGAACAUCUACUGAAGCACAGAAGUGUAAAGAAAUAUUUUUCACGGGCGUUUAUUUUGACUCGAAUUUAUUCUGUUUCCAUCCAUCAAUACAAUUUUUGGGAUUUCCCGGAAACGACUGUUCCUCAGUUCUCGUUUUAACUGUGGCUCUUCACACAAAAUACACAUGUGUACUGUCUCCUAAAAAGGCACUGCAAAUAAACGGUUCAAGGCUAAGGAGCAUUUGUGAUAUUACAGAAACGCUUCCAAGAAACCAAUGUAUGAAAAAAUAAAUAAAUAAAUAAAUUCUAUAUCAAACAAACGCUUGUGGAAAAUAUUUUUAUACACAGUGUAUUGAAAAGUGAAUUGAAAAAUCAGUUUUUCCAAAUAAAUUGUGUUUGAUGAGCAAAAUUAGCCCUGCUAAUGAAGCUUGACGAAGUCAGUUUAAAGCCAUUAUUGAAAAAGUAGUUACAUUUAUUUUGUAAUAAAAAUGCAGUUACUAUUGUCUUGUUUUUGACCAGUAACAGUGAGAAUUUUCCCUUCAGAUUAGAAUGUAUUCUACGAAUGUUCAACAUUGUAAGAAAAUAUAAAUAAAAAAUUCAUCUUUUGUUUCCUAUA